GCAAGGCGUAGAUGAUUUAUAGUAAAAAAAAUCAAACAUUUUUGUGAACGGAACGGGUAGGACUCCAGAGAAGACAGUGAAUCAAAGUCAAUCGUAGCGUGUGGUUAGUUAAAAUGUUCAAUUUUGUCAGACAUUCGUCAAUUUACCAUAGGAGCACUUCAAGGUAGCUUUUAUAAUUCAUGAAACUUGCGUGUGGUGUAAUUACCUCGAAGUAAAUGCAUCUUCCAUUAAGGAUAUACUGCGACGAACUUUCUCCGAAAGGGUAACUUCGGUUCUUCUUCACAAAAAAAACACUGUAACUGUACAGGUACAAAAUGAAAUUUAAUGACAGUAAGAACAAAAUAUCCAGCUAUAAUUUACAAGAUCUAUGUAGAUAAUGACGGCGAUGAGAGUCGGCGGAAGAAGGCGGCAAAAAACGGCGGAAGACGGCGGCAAAAAACGGCGGAACAGGACUGCUUCGGACUCCACCAGAAGAUUCGCAAACGUUGCUUUUGGUGAGGAUUCGGAAGGGCAGUGCUCCAGGUAACUCGAACUGAGAACGGCGCUCCCAGGAAUCGGACGGAUUCAGAAAAUGACGGCGAGCACUUCGACCGGUGUAAUCUCGACUUAAUCGGAGGUUGUUACCGUAAUCGAUUCACCUAAUUACGGCUACUUAUAUUUAUCCAAAUAGUCGGAACAUAAUCUCCAAAUUCGGCAGUCCAACAAUGCCUUUUUGUUCCUUGGAACAUAGACUAAAAAAGUUAGGAAAUUUCGCUGGUUUAGAGUAGUAAAAAGCUUACCUCAGCUGUCAGGAAGGCCAGAAUGGGGCCUUAAAUUUUGGUUCUUUACACCGUAGCCAUUACAACCCUUAAUAUCAGCUCGCCCGUAGCCAAUCGGUCCUGAGUACUGCUACUUGCCCGUGUAUUCGUAGUAGCCCGAAAGAUCAGGGCUUAGUCGACGGAAGUGAGUAUACCUAACCACAUCCAACUUCACACUUACCGGGUAACAUAAAAUAGCAUACAAAGCCAUAAAAUCGGCCAAAAAAUGGAGAGUCGGUGAUGUGGCCGCGGGCGGUUCGGGCCGUCGGGUUUAGCUGUGGUGGUGGUGCAAGUAGUCUAGAACAUCCUUGGUGGGCAUCCACCCAAAUAAGUGUUCGAAAACUAUCAAAUUAUUAUUACCUACUAUUUAAACAUACAAAGAAAACAUCACUUUAUAGUAAACAAAAUUGAAGUCAUUUAUAGGAAUAUUCUCAUUUUAUCUGACAACACAGUUUCAAAAGAAAGUUCCCAAAUUUUCUCUAAAUAUGAGGCAUAAUUAACUCAUACGACACACUGUUCUCAUUUGAGCAAAUUUAAAAAGAUCGAUUCCUUUAAGAAUUUUUCUGAUUACUUUCAAUAAAAUUUAAUUCAAUCUCGUACGGAGAACCGAUAGUUAUUUGAAUACAAAUCAAAAAGAAUGUUGUUACCUUAAUUACAGCGUUUUCUGUAGCCGAUGGUUUCCCGAUGGUACCAAUCAAUACUGACUUAAAGCUGGACAAUAUAGACCGAAACCUGGAUUCUGCUAAAGUUUUUUGGAUUAUCUCUUCUUUUGCAUCGGGCUUUGAGCCGCCAAUUUUUAUCGUCUGCUUUCAACCAACUUUCCGCUCUCGCAAUAUAAUUUAUUAUAAGCUCACUGCAAAGUCAAACCGAAACUCAUUUAAUUGUUUCUUGUAGACUUAUUUUAAAAUGUGCCAUGUACGACACUUCCGUGUUGAUAAUGCGCGUCACCAAAAUGUAAAAUAAAGUACAUAUUUUUGGAAUUCGAGUAUUUACAGACUUUCCAUUUUGGACUGACGGGCAGUUUUUGCUCUAACUUUAAAUACGAGUUCUUUUAAUUGAGCUUGGAUUUCCUGACCACGUUUUCCCGCUUAGUGUCUCAAAAACAGAACAUCUCUACUUCAUCCCUACCUUUUCAAUCUCACAAUACCGGCCUACGAAUUGGCGGUAAUGAGUUAAGGUGGUCAUCUUUAACAGUUAAUCAAUCGACUUCGUUUCCUUCCCCUAAUCAAGUGUGUACAAAGGCCACCUAUAAAAACCCACCAGAUUUAGAUCAUGUAACGGGGGUUUAGAAAUGAAAAGGUAUUAUUUUCGAAUUUGUAUUUUGUUUAGUAUAUGAAAAUUUAGACAUGCACCGCUUCAUAGCGAAUGUGAACAAAAAUACGUCUGACGAUAACAAGCGAUACCAAGAUAUUGCGGAAAGCGAGACCAGUUGCCACGAUUUCUUCGUACCUAAAAGUUUCGUUCCGCUCUGUAAAGUUGAAGUGUUGAAAAUGUUGCUAAGUUGAUUUUCGCGAACCACCACGUACCAUUUUAAGUGCGCUGAUACACCACAAGAAUCCAAUAGGAAUCUUACAAGACGAAAUGUCAGUUACAUUAAUAAAAUAUUCAGUUCGCCGGUAAUUCUUGAUUGCGCUUUACUUAGGCCGUUUGAUUAUACGUGUCUAAUCCUGAUGAAAUUAAAAAUGCCAAAACCACUCUAUUUAUAGGCAAGCCUUCACAGUUUUAGCAAUCGGCGUGUUAUCAAACCGUAUUUUAUCUGAGGUAUAAAACCGGCGGAUAAAGCGCUUUGAUCACUUUUGUUGCAAGCAAUGCCGCGACUGCUAGUAGUAUUGGCGUUUGUCGGCUGCAUUUCGGUAGCGAAGUCUUUGUCACCAGAAGCCAGUGAAAUUGCAACAAAGCAUGCCAUUCCCUAUCAGGCAAAUCUGAGGAUAGAAGUUAUCGAUUCGGAUAUUCGAUAUUGCGCGGGGACGUUGAUUUCGCCUAACUAUGUUUUGACGGCAGCAAAUUGUGGUGAUGGUGCUAGCAAGAUUUUGGUGGAUAUGGGUGUGGAUGAUGUUGAGAAUAGACAAGAACCUACAUGGAGAACGUAUCUAGGUGACGCUUUUAUCGCCCACCCUUUGUAUAAUAAAAGUACGGGUUAUCACGAUAUUGGCCUGAUCCACCUGUUCGAACCUGCUGAAAUUAAUGAUGCCAUUCAGCUUGUAACUUUACCGGAUCAUCGCUAUAAGAAUCUUGCGGGAAAAAUGGCAAGAAUAAGUGGUUGGGGAAACGUUAACGCUAGCACCGAUUUGGACCACAGACUCUUGCGUUACGCAGACAUCCCCAUCGGAUCUCAUUCAAAUUGUUUGCCACAGUUUCCGUAUCCCAAUUUUGCUCAAUUAUGUCCUGCACAGUCCGACUCAUACUUUCAAACUUAUGAUUUUGGAGCUCCGCUGAUGCUGAAAGACGUCCAGAUUGGCAUUGCUACGGCAACAAGUUUUGACAACGGAAUCGAAACUAAUCCACAGAUCUACACCAGAGUAGAUCCUUACCUGUCAUGGAUUAUGAACAACACGGACGUUACAAUUGAACAGCAGAAAGACCAUCGACUAGCAGUACAUUAGUUCAAUUGCUUUUAUAUCUCGAAAAAUAUACCUUUUUCGCAUUA